GCAACACCGCCAAAAUACCUUCGCUCGACUCUGGGUUAAUGCGCCUUUCAAUUUGCGACCGCAAGAUGAACUGUAAGACAAGUGCUGUCGGGGAACGAUGCCGAAUACUAAGACGAGGAUCGCUAUUGUGGGUGCUGGAGUGGCUGGUUUGGUGGUGGCCCGUCAUAUAACUUCCAAAUUGGAUACUUACAGCCUCACAGUGUUCGAGCAGAAUGACCAAAUCGGUGGCACAUGGGUCUACACCGAUGAGACGCACUUCAAUAAACACGGGCUUCCCGUGCAUAGCAGCAUGUAUAAGAAUCUAAGAACGAAUUUCCCGAAAGAAGUGAUGCAAAUACCCGAAUUCCCCUUCAAGGAUGACGACAGCAUGUCUUACAUCCAUCAUAGCGCAAUAAAGCAAUAUAUUUUGGACUAUGCCGGUCACUUCAAUCUCUAUCCCUACAUUAAGCUCAACACCUUGGUGAAGCACGUGGAACCGGAAGUCUUGACAAACGGCCAGACGUUGUGGGCAUUGACACAUGUGGAUCUGAAUACGAAAGCGGAGACCACGAAGACUUACGACGCCGUAAUGGUGUGCAGCGGUCACUACACCGUCGGUCAUAUUCCACAUAUCCCGGGCAUCGAGAGUUUCCACGGUGAUCAUAUUCACAGCCACCAGUAUAGAAUACCGGAAGUCUACGCCGGCAAGAAAGUCUGCAUACUCGGUGCCUCCUGGUCCGGCAUUGAUAUCGCCCUCGAAGUAGCGCAAUACGCCGAUAAGGUGUACUUAAGUCAUAACUCCGAACCGAUCGACUUGAGUAUGUUCGUUAACAUCGAGCAGAGAGUCGGCGUCGCAUCCAUUCAAGGAGACCUCUUCACCUUUCUCGAUGACUCUUCGGCAGAAAUGGACAGCUUCAUAUAUUGCACGGGUUACAAAUUCACGUAUCCCUUUAUAUCGGCUAAAGUCGAGAUACGUACGGACGACAACCACGUCGAGCCCAUCUACAAGCACCUGGUGCAUAUGGACCAUACGAAUCUGUUCUUCGUGGAUCUAUUAGACUUCGUGAUACCGUUCCCCUUGUUCCAUAUACAGGCACAAUAUAUUUUGGGCAUCCUCGAGGGCCGCAUUCAGUUACCAUCGCCGCAACAGAUGCACGAGGAGUACGAGAGCGAAAAGAAAUCUUUGCUGGACCAGGGUAUCCCGAUAAGACAGAUCAACAAGCUGAAAGACAGGCAGUGGGCUUACUACGACGAGAUCGCUGCCGCCGUGAACGUGCCGAGUUUUCCGCCAGUAAUGAGAAAGAUUACUAAUCACGUCAACGAGAUGCGCGAAACAAACAUCACUGAAUACAAGAAUUACAAGUACCGCAUCAUCGACAGCGAGAACUUCAGCGUAUCUUACAAGUCUUGUUAAGGUCUAAACACGGAAGAGAAAAAAUAACAAAGAAUGCAAUCGAUGUUGCCACAAGAUAAAAUCAGCGUUCGAGCUUACAAAAACGGGCCUGAUGCUUUAUGAGACUGAAGUAAGUUUUACGUUACGGCGAUUAAUUAUACGAGGAUCAGACAAAAGCAGAGAACGCGUUUAUCGGACUGGCGUAUUAAUGAGAGUAUUUACCACUAAUUAUGACGCGCGAUAAGGGUUGGCGUUUCCAUGGAAGAUUGGCCCGCAAUUAUAGUUUUUGUACAUUAAAUGAUAUAAAGAAGAUAAGAUAACAAAUGCAGCGACACAGGGUCAUUGCGUCAUCCUCAAGAACACAUAACAAAAGCGAUACAUAUGUAUGUAUGUAACAUUUUUCUACUCUUGCGAUUACACCAGUCGUCGCAGGCUGUCACGUGUAAUCAAACAUUAUCACAUGCGUGUAUUACGUACGAUAGAAUCGAAUACGCGCAUACAACUUCCGCUAAAACUGUUUCGGAAUGAGGUGGAACGGAGGGAAAGAGCGGUGCGGCGAGUAUAGCGAGAAACUGAAAAAUUACGAUAGGGCAAUUGUAAAGAUAUAUUAUGGAAGUACAUUUCUCCCUAUUACGGGCUGAUACGUUCUACACAAUCUUCUUUUUUUUCUUUCUGUGUGUCAAUCCUUUCCCCGACGUAGGAUAUAAAAAUGAAAAAGUCACCGCUUCUCUUUGCGAUCCAACAGGACAGGGUGUCGAUCAGCGACGCGCCGGUCGUAUACGUGGAGUUAAUUAAAUUACUUAUAAUAUAUGACUGGAAAUACAUUGUCGACGGGGACACACA